ACACGGACUCGCUCGUCACUGACAGGGCUGCAGAGAUGCUGCUGCUGAGAUGAAUGUGUUUUGGAAGAACAGGAAAGUGACGGGGGUGUGACAGUCGCAGAGGCUGCUGAGUUCAGUCGGGACCGGAGUCGCUGUCAGGAGGCUGUGUGGCAACGUCCUCCGCACAGUGACAUGGAGGAAUCUGAACCACUGCUGACGGCGAGGUCGGAGGAGAGGGGGGUCAAUGCUCAGUGCAGGUGGAGGGUUUACUCCCGCAGGGUGGACCCCAAGGUGGUGGAGGACUUCAGGAGGAGGCUCAAGUACUUCUUCAUGAACCCCUGUCAGAAGUACAGAGCCAGAGGCCGCAAGCCCUGGAAGCUGAUGCUGCAGAUCCUGAAGAUCGCCAUCAUCACGGUGCAGCUGGUCUCGUUCGGACUCAGCAACGAAAUGAUGGUCACCUUCAAAGACGAGAGCCUGAUGACGUUCAGACACCUGUUUCUCAAAGGAUACAAGGACCAACAUCUGGGACGCUACGCGCUCUACACGAGGGCAGACGUGUACGAGCACAUCGACUUUGUCAUCAACAGGUUUAUCAAGCUCCAUCAUGUGACGGUGGGCAACCUGGCAUACGAGAAGGUCGACGGCGAGGUGACCCCGCUCUCCGUGUGUCAAGAGUUCUACAGAAACAUCAGCCUGGACCCCGGACAGGAGACCUUCAACAUCGAUCCACGAAUAGACAGAGAAUGUGUUUCCAUCCACCCGAUGCAGCCGUUGGACAACAGCACACUGGCACAGUUAAACGCCUCUCUGGACUUCGAGAGGCUGCUGUCACUCCAAAUGAGCCUGACUUUAAAAACCAUCAACCUCCAAACUGUCAGACACCACGAGCUGCCCGACUGCUACAACUUCCACAUCGCGGUCGUGUUCGACAACCGCGCGCACAGCGGGAAGAUCAAAGUCGACGUCGAGAACCAGGUGAAAAUCUACGAGUGCAAGGACUGGAACGUUGAAGAGACUUCAGGGAACGACUACCUGCUGCUGAUGUUCGACUCGCUGGUCAUCCUGGCCUGCGUCACCUCCCUCAUCCUCUGCAUGAGGUCCAUCAUCAACGGAGUCCAGCUGCAGUUCGAGUUCAACAUCUUCUUCCACGCCUACUACAACAAGCGAGUGAGCAUCGCCGACCGUCUGGAGUUCGUCAACGGAUGGUACAUCCUCAUCGUGGUCAGCGACAGCCUGACCAUCACCGGCUCGGCGCUGAAAAUUGGGAUUCAGACAAAGUUCCUCACCGACUACGACGUGUGUAGCAUCCUGCUGGGGACGGCCACCUUGCUGGUUUGGGUGGGUGUGAUCCGAUAUUUGGGCUUCUUCAGGAAGUACAACAUCCUGAUCUUGACUCUGAGGGCAGCACUUCCCAACGUCAUCCGCUUCUGCUGCUGCGCGGCCAUGAUCUACCUGGGCUACUGCUUCUGCGGCUGGAUCGUGCUGGGCCCUUAUCACGACAAGUUCCGGACCCUGGACAAGGUGACCGAGUGUCUCUUCUCGCUCCUCAACGGCGACGACAUGUUCGCCACCUUCCUGAUGCUGCGGGACAAAAGCUACAUGGUGUGGCUCUUCAGCAGGCUCUACCUCUACUCCUUCAUCUCGCUCUUCAUCUACAUGGUGCUCAGCCUCUUCAUCGCGCUCAUCACCGACACCUACGAGACCAUCAAGCAUAACCAGCAGGACAAGGCGCCGGUGUCACAGCUUCAGGCAUUCAUAGCCGAGUGCAGAGACGAGCCCGAGUCCGGACGCUACCAGCUGGAGGAAGAACCCCCUUCAUGCUGCAACUUCGCCUGCUGCUUUGGAUGCAGAGAGAAAAUGUAGACCAGACCAGAGCAAUCCGGUCCCCAGAGGGUCGGGGCGGUGCAGGCUUUUGUUCCAGCCAGUCCAGCGCUCGCAGAACAAGCAACAACAGACUGACUCGACUCUUCAGACACCCGAGUGGUGAGAAGGUGUCGCUGACUGCUCGAACAACAACCUGCACCCACGGUGGCCCUACCUGCCCUCCUGUUUCAGACGGAUGUAGCGCCAUCGACUCACCAGCAGAGGGUGCCAAAACCCAGAGGGCGUCAAAACUCAGGUUUAUGUGUUUAGCAUAUUCACUUUCAUACGAGGGUAAACUACACUUUUAAGAUCUAUUUUAUUAGCACGUUUAAACUACAGAUAUAAACUAUACGUUUCAUGCUUUCGGGACAAUAUUACACUGUAGGGGAAAAGGGGGAAACACAUGUGGUUAUAGACUGGGAGUGGAAUGAUUUAGAAUAAAAAUAGAAUACAGUAGUGUGUCAAUCUAAUCUAAUCUAAUAUAGGACAUAACAGUUCAACAGUGAAGCGAAAGAAAAUGAAAUCACUGUAUGAAUUGAUGUAUGUGUGGGUGUGGUCUGGGGGAACUGAAGGCCCAGGAAUGCUCGAUCUCAACACAGUUUUCUGAUCAGAAAUACGUUUUCUAAUUGAGGAGCUGUUUUAUAAUAGUCUCAGAUUCUGUUUCGGACUCUGUGAAUCAAGGAAAGCUCUUCCAGAGCUCCAUUCAGGACCUGCCUUCAUAAUAAUAAUAACCACAGCCAGUGAAAACUCAAAGGUAGCUUUAUAUCUAUUACUGAGCACUUUAUAAUGGAGCCUGUGGUGUUGACACUUAGUCGCUCGCCUCUCCAUCAUCCAACCGGCAACACUGCAGUGAAGCCUGCAGACAGACCUUUUCUUGUUCAAAGUUAGCUUAUGUUGUUGAUGGAUUCGAACUGACCACACUGAACAUCACCUUCAGGUGUGCAACGUGCACGUGUGUUCUGUCUUUGACAAGUGAAUUCCCUCAGUGUUGACGAGGCGAUGACGAUACAACAAUUAAACCUGUAUUUGGACCAGUAUUUUCAGCACUGUUUUUGUAGAUGUGAGGUGUUUCACUCCAUGUUCUAAGUGACACGGAUCGAUC